AGACGGCAGCAGUCCAUCCGACACUCACACAUGGAGGAUGGAAAUGGGUCAUGACCGGGAGGAGUUUUCUCUGAGUGGACUUGCGCGACCUGCAUUGUUGUAGAGCUGCGCGCUUUGGAUCAUGCUCUUCACGUUGAUCUGCGGCUUUCACUGCUUCUCCUGAUCUUGCAGAUUCAACACCACUCAAUUCAUUCUCUGCUGAAUGCAAACAUCGUCAUGUUCAUCAGAACUGCGCUUCUCCUUUCCUCUGCCGCCUCACUACUCUUCACGUUUGUCAGCUGCAUGGAAAGUGAGAUCUGCUUUCCGACCGUGUCGGACAACAAUGACAGGAGGUGGCAGGAGUUUGACAACGACGUGGACGUCCUCGAUGUGGAGCGUGUCAUAAAGAUACGAGCUUUCCAGCAGGAAUUGGUGAUCGAUUUACAUCCAGAUUCUAGUUUCAUCGCACCUUCCGACUCUUACCAGGACGCGCUGCCAUGGCUGUCCAGCGCGGACGUGCAGGGCGCAGACCUGCGCCGGUGUUUCUACUCCGGCCAUGUGAACGCAGACCGCCACUCUUACGCUGCUUUAAGCCUCUGCAAAGGGUUACAGGGUGCAUUUGGAUUCCAAGGAUGGGAAUACUUCAUCAGCCCGGCGCGCAACGACACCGCGGGCGCAGAGGACGCGCACAUCCUCCGGCGCAGAAGCAGCGACAACCUGAAGCAGAGGUCAGCCUCCCGGUGCGCGGUGCACAGCGAGCUGAGCCCUCAGGUGGCGCAGUCCCUGGUGAAAUACAAGCAGCUGAUGGACUUCAACAAUGAAACCGAAACGAUGCUGAAGAGGAUGGGGAGAGCCAAGCGCUUCGCCUCCGUCCCCAGAUACGUGGAGACGCUGGUGGUGGCGGACGAGUCCAUGGCUGCGUUCCACGGAGACGGUCUCAAACACUACCUGCUCACGCUGAUGUCGGUGGCCGCCAAGCUGUACAAGCACCCGAGCAUCCUCAACUCGAUCAGCAUCACCAUUGUCAAGAUCGUGAUUUUAUCAGAGGAGGACAAGGGACCCAAAGUGUCCGGGAACGCAGCCAUGACGCUGCGGAACUUUUGCACCUGGCAGAAAAAGAUGAAUAAAAACAACGACAAGCAUCCAGAUUACUGGGACACAGCUAUUCUUUUCACCAGACAGGACCUAUGUGGCGCCUCCACCUGUGACACUCUCGGCAUGGCGGAUGUUGGCACCAUGUGCGACCCCAAGAGGAGCUGCUCCGUGAUCGAAGACGACGGCUUACCUUCGGCAUUCACCACCGCUCAUGAGCUUGGACACGUGUUCAACAUGCCUCACGACAACGUUAAGGCCUGUGAGGACGUGUUCGGGAAGCUGCAGGACAAUCACAUGAUGUCUCCUACGCUCAUCCAGAUCAACCGCACCAGCCCCUGGUCGCCCUGCAGCGCCGCCAUCAUCACUGAAUUUCUGGACAGCGGCCAUGGGGAGUGUCUGCUUGACCAGCCUCAGAAGCAGCUUGUCCUUCCCGACCUCAUGCCCGGAACAUCGUAUGACCUGGACCGUCAGUGUGAACUGGCCUUCGGAGAAGGCUCCAAGCCCUGUCCCCUAAUGCAGUCUCCAUGCAGUCGCUUGUGGUGCACGGGGAAGUCCAGCGGCCACUUGGUGUGCAUGACUCGGCACUUCCCCUGGGCGGACGGCACCCGCUGCGGUAACGGGCAUAUGUGCGACAGGGGGGUGUGCAAUGACAAGCUGGUCCAAAACGUGAAGGUGGAUGGCCGCUGGGGUAAGUGGGGUCCAUUCGGAUCCUGUUCACGCACAUGUGGAGGCGGCGUCCAGCUGUCCAAAAGGGAGUGUGACAACCCAGUCCCAUCAAAUGGGGGUAAAUACUGUGUAGGGGUUCGGGUCAAGUAUCGCUCCUGCAACUUGGGCCGCUGCCCUGAGACAGCAGGUAAGACCUUCAGGGAGGAGCAGUGUGAGACGUCUGGCCGCAACUUCAACAGCAAUCUCAUCACACACUCGGUGGUGUGGGUGCCCAAGUACUCGGGCGUGUCGCCCGACGACAGGUGCAAACUCAUCUGCAGGGCCAACGGCACCGGCUACUUCUACGUCCUGGCCCCCAAGGUCGUUGACGGGACUCCGUGCUCGCCAGAUUCCACGGGAGUGUGUGUCCAAGGAAAGUGCAUCAAGGCUGGCUGCGACCGUAAAAUCGGCUCGUCCAGCAAGUUUGAUAAGUGUGGAAUCUGCGGCGGUGACAACAAAGGCUGCAAGAAGGUGUCGGGGCUCUUCACGAAGCCGCUGCAUGGCUACAACUUUGUUGUCACGCUGCCGGUGGGUUCAGCCAACGUAGACGUCCGCCAGCGAGGCUACAAGGGAAUGAAGAGUGACGACAACUAUCUGGCGGUGAAGAACGGCGAAGGCCUUUACCUGCUCAACGGGAAUUACAUCGUGUCGGCCGGAGAGAGAGACAUCCUGGUCAAGGACAGUCUGCUGCGCUACAGCGGGACGUCCGGCCUCUCGGAGACCCUGCAGGUGGUGAAGCCGCUGGGAGAAACUCUGACCGUGGAGGUGUUGUGUGCCGGCAAGAUGACGCCGCCGCGCAUCCGCUACUCCUUCUACCUCCCCCGUCAGACCAAGGAGGACAAAUCCCUGAAGAAGGAGGAGCGUGCAAACUCUCACAACAGCGUCCUGGCCGAGGACGGUGGCAGCCGCAAGGAGGCCGACACCCUGAAGGCCGACUACGACUCCGCCGGGGGGAAAUGGACGUCCACCGGGUGGGACGGCUGCUCGGCGAGCUGCGGCCAGGGCUUCCAGAGGAGGCUGGUCCAGUGUCUGAGGGCGGACGGGAAGCCCGGCUUCGACUGCGACUCCUCGCAGAGGCCGUCGGCCAUCAGGGCCUGUGGAGAGCCGUGUGCAGAGUGGGAACUCGGGCAGUGGUCGCCCUGCUCUCGGACCUGUGGGAAGGGCUUCAAGAGACGGCCGCUGCUCUGCAAAAGCCAAACCGGGACUCUCCUCACCAGGGACCGCUGCACCGGCACGCGAAAACCGCAGGAGCUGGACUUCUGUAACCUCAGACCUUGUUAGGGAUGAAACCUACAAACGACUCCUUUUUUAUUUUUGAGUUUUAACGUUUGAGAUAGAACUGAACUGACUCCACCUGCGGUUAUUACGCUGUGUCUGUCACGUGGAGAUGUUUCCACUGGCAUCAGCUUAAAGGACAUUUCUGUGAAGAAAGACAAGAAGCUGGAAGACGUUUUUCACUGCCAUCAGUGUGCCUUUGAAAGACACGGCCGAGGUGUAAAUCCGACAGGAAAUAGUGAGUCAAGUGAAAUGUAAAUCUCUCGUUCUGUUAACUGACACAGAAAAGUCCCAUUUGUUAGCAAUCAACGGCCUCUGCCAUGUGGUCCUGCAACCCAUUUGAUGUCAUAAUAGUUUAACGGCGCAGGCUUCGGAGAUUUAGCUCAAAAGACUCCAACAAAAUGACUCCCGUCAUUUUUCAAAUUGCAGAUGUAUCAAGACCGACGUACAUAAAUAUCCACUAAUUUUUCUUUGCUGGUGCGUUAAAUUAGUUCUGAAAAGGGACAUCUCAUGAUACACGGGGGUGCACGAAUGCUGCUGCUGUAUCAGUUUCCUAAUACCAGUAUACUUGAACAAGGCUGAUGGUUAGCAGCUGUGGCGAGUUAAGACUCAGAGCUUUGACAGCAGCGAUCGCUGCAUCAUUUUAAACACGCUUUCUACUCCUGAAACAAACAACGACACAUUCAGCAUUUCACCUCUAAGAGUCGUGUCACCUCGGAGAAGCGCAUUUUGAGUUUUAGUGGGUCGUACGCAGCCUCUCACGAGACGUAUCGGUUCGGUCUGACGCCAUGCAAACUGAUAUACGCGCGAUGUGGGUUCAGCCUUCACCUCCUGAGCUCAACAUGUUUCACUGCUGCCUUCGCUUGACCUCAGCCGCCUGUUGAGGUCAAACGAAGUUCAUCUUCACAGUCUUCAGCCAGUCUUGAAGUCUGUUACGUCAAACCUGUCUGGCACAGUUACUGCAGAUAAUUUAUUAUCAAUGAAACAAUAAAGCGCGGGGGGAAUGCAUCGUCUCGGACCUCCUUAUUCACGGCCCCACAGCCUGAAACACGCUGUUCCUCCAGCAUUCUUGAAGAAACCCUGUAAUCCAUUAUGUACUUCAUCGUUUUUUUUUUUUUUUUAAGAGGCCACGUUGACCAGUCCAGCGCCUGACUGGAGGAUGAUUCCUGCCAGAGUUGGAGUAUUAUUUUAGUUUGUUUUUCUCUGUUUUUUUCUUGUCAGCUUUUGCACUUUGUACAGCAAAAGAAAUCCUUGACCCACGCGAGCUGGGCUGUAUACUAUGUAUACAUUUAUUCAGCUCUGUGCAGAAACAUGUAUAUACUUUUCAAGUCUUAUUUUUACACAGACAUUUGUAAACUGUCUUUGACUUCUCUGUAUUUAUUCCAAAAUAAAGCAACUACUUAACA